AAUGCAUGAGUUUGGGUUAUGUUAAUAAAACAUUUUCUUGUCGCAUCACUGUGAAACCGCUACUUCAGCUACUCCUUUUAUUUAGCUCAUCUCUUUCUCUCUCUUCAUUUUCACAAUCCACAGAAUCAAAAACCCUAGUUCCGAUGGGGAGGAACAAGAUCUUCGAAAAAGCAUCUGAAAUGAAUCUUCGGCCAGCUGCAGCUGAUGAAUCCGGCGAAGGAUUACCAUACGCGCCGGAAAAUUGGCCGGAGCCCGGUGAUAUCUGGGGAUGGAAGUCAGGGAAAAGACUUCAGACUAACGGAUUAUGCUUUCAGGAUCGGUACCUUUAUUUACCGCUUCGAUUGAGUCAGACGGAGAAUGGAGGAUCUAAACGCAAACAACGUCACAUCUUCGCCAGCAAGCUAUCCGCUGAACGUUACAUUAAGACCACUUUUCCGGACGCUGAUGUGAAUAAGUUCUUCGCAUCUUUCACAUGGAGGAUUCCGGCAGCUCAGCCUUCUACCAACGGAGGCAAUGUGGUGCCGAUAGCUGCUGUACCUCUUCAACAGAUACCACAGGCAGGAGGACAAUAUGACUCUGAUGACGGCCGGACUACUAAUAUUCUGAAGUGUAAAGCGGGGAAUCAAAUGUGCGACAGCCUGAACUUUGAAGUGGCGAUAAAAUAUUCCCCGGCCAUGUCCUGUGAUAUAUGUUGUUCUGAGUCUGGGUUUUGCCGGGGUUGUUCCUGCAUUCUUUGUUGCAAAGCUGUUAGUACUGCUCAUGGCGGCUAUAGUUAUAUUAAGUGUCCCGUAAAUGCUGGUGCGGGUAUAUGUGGCCAUGUUGCUCAUCUGGAAUGUGCGCUUCGGUCUUCUUUGGCUGGUACGGUUGGGAAAAGUAUUGGUUUAGAUGCUGAGUACCAUUGCCGACGAUGUGAUGGGAGAACUGAUCUUGUCUCUCAUGUUGAAAGAUUUGUUCAAAUAUGUAAAAGUAUAACUGUUGAUUUGGAUGAUGAAAUUAAGAAGAAGGUUUUAGACCUUGGCGCUUGUCUGUUGCGCGGCUCAACAAAACCUGCCGCAAAGAAGCUUCUGAAUAGUGUUGAAUUGGCCAUCACAAAGCUCAAAUGUGUGAGCAAUGGUGAAAAUAUGAAGAAGAAGAGGAAGAGAGAUGACAAUCCUAUGGCUCAUUCUGCAGGCUUGGCACGUCGUGGCAUUGAUCCAAUGGAAGUUACCAUGAAUGAAAUCCGUUCAGAAGCUAGAUUAAGGAAGGAAUUUAAUGAUCAUCAUUCACGUUCUUUGAAACUUGAGGCUGAGAUUGAUGACGUUCUGGUGGGUCUUAGAAACUCGCAGGAGCUGGAAUAUAUGGUGGCGAAAGAAAAACUCAAGGCACAGAAGUUGAAUUUGAAGAACUUGUAUGAGCAGUUAGACAAGGUAGUGUCUGAACUGGAAUGCCCUAACUUAAGUCAGUCAGAGCCGUUGUACCGUGCUAUCAGGGAAAUAAAGGAACAGAUAAGAAGAGAAAUGGUGAAAUUUGAAGAUAUGAAAAAGGUGGCCAGUGGUUUUGGUAUGACAUCAAAAGAGAUUUUAAAGGAACACUUUGGGUUAAAAAUGGCAGAUUAGGAUUCACUUUGGAAUAGCUUCUGCUUUAAAGAAACUUUUCAUAAGUUUAUAUGAAUAUUCGCUUAGUUAGUAGAUGAUGUUCAGAUACAAGUUGAAUUGAAAACAUAAAUUAUAUCUGCAAUAAGCCGAAGUCUAAAAAUUUUAGCUUACUCUCAAAGUUGUCUAACUCUUGAGUUAGCUCUUGGAGUUUAAAUUAACUCACAUGUAAAUUCUCAUUUGGCAAACUCUGGAGAGUUUAAGUAAUUUCCGAUCAAAUCCGGAAACUUUUGACUUUA